AUGUUGAACCAGGAGGAGAACCGAAUUUUGGAACGUAAUCGAAAUAUAUUGUACCUCAUAUGUGAUUAUCUGGAUCAAAAUGGGUGAGUAUAUCGUAAUCCAAAUUUUUCCUUAGUUAUAAUUUUUGCAGAUAGCAUUAGUGGCCAAUUAGUUCUUUGAUUAACAACUUGUAUAAUUAAAUUAUUCUACAAUCAUUAAUAAGAAAUAUUAUAUAAAGAAAACAAAGUUCAAGUUGGAAAUUAGAGAUCUGUAAAUAAGAUAAGUAUAGUUCUAUAAAUUUGAGAGACGGAACAAUUGAUUAUACAUAUACUAUUAUAUUAAUCACAACUGAUUACUUAAUUACACUAUAUGGCAACGAGAUGUUUACGAAACUUUUAUUAAUUAUUAUUUAUUUUCAGAUAUGCACAAACUAACGUUGCCCUACUUCGAGAAGCUCGUCUAACUCAAGAGUAUCGGGUCUGCGACAACAUUGAUUUAAAAAUAAUUAUCACGGAGUAUGAAAAUUAUUAUAAGAUGAAGUUCCAAAAAUACCCUAUGUUGUGUGUGAAAAUAACAAAGGAAACGUCAAAUGCAAGGAAAGUAGCUAGCAAAGCAAAAGUCCCAUUGUUGUCUACAACUUACAAACGCGACUUGAUAAAAGAAACAAAUGGACAGGAAAAGAAUGAUGACGGUACGAAUAAUAUUAACCUGGCAAUGACGGUGACAUCGAUUUUCCCUAAUCAAAAUUAUGGGGUUCCGUCAGAAGAACCACUUGAUUAUCCAAAGGAACGAACGAACAUACAAUCGAAGAUAUCGAAUUCCAUUGAAAAACUAUAUCCAGGAAAUUCGGAAUUGCAAAAGAUCGCUGAAGAUAUUUCACACGAGAUCAUAUUGAACAAAUUAAAUGUACAUUGGGACGAUAUUGUAGGGCUAGAAGAAUGUAAAACAGCUGUUAAGGAAGCCGUCGUGUAUCCUCUUAAAUACCCUGUCUUUUUCAAUGGCCGGUUUUCUCCUUGGAAAGGUGUUUUGCUGUAUGGGCCACCUGGCACAGGCAAAACGAUGUUAGCAAAGGCAGUCGCGACAGAAUGCCACUGCACUUUUUUCAACAUAACGGCCAGCUCGUUGGUGAGCAAAUGGAGAGGCGAUUCCGAAAAAUAUAUACGUGCUUUAUUUGAUCUUGCCUACAGUCAUUCCCCUACAGUUAUUUUUAUUGACGAAAUUGAUUGGAUAGCCAUGAACCAUGAAAACUAUACAUUAUCUGAACCUGCAAAGAGAUUCAGAUCAGAACUUCUUGCUAGGUUGGAUGGGCUAGUGUCUACUGAAAAUUCUAAUGGACAUUGAUGCAGCUUUGCUCAGGCGUCUUGAGAAACGAAUACAUGUAUCGUUACCCGACGAAAAUGCCCGACUUAAAAUGUUCAAAUUAUAUCUCAGCAACAAUUUAUUACAAGACAUGGAUAUUAUAAACGACAUAAUAAAGCAUAGUGAAAAGUAUUCUUGCGCGGAUAUAAAAUUGCUUUGUAAGCAAGCAUGGAUGUUAGAAAUAACUCCAAUAUGGAAAAAACUUGAGAAAGAGGAAAUAUCUAUCGAAAAUUUAAAAUAUGAAUUAGAGAAUUAUAAAAUAUUAGCAAAAUUGAUGAAAGAAACAUUACCUACAGUUACGGACAAAUUGCUUAUUAACAAUUAAUUAUACUUACUUGGCCAUUAAUUGUGGUGGUAAAGGAGGUGCAGGUGGCAUUAUAUCAGCGAUAGAAUUAAAAGAUGGUCCCGGUAUGAACUGAUGUUUGUAUGAUCUUGUUUCUUCAGAUUCACAAUCCAUUUUUUCUCCGUUAUAUUUUUUUGGAUUGUUUGUAGAAAAAUUUUUUUUACCAGUCUCAUCAUUUUCUUCGUUGAAUUUCUCUUCCAAAGCUUUCUUCUGUUGUGUUAUCUGACUCUGUAAACCUUCCGAUUCUAAAAGAGAAUUCAACUGCACUUUCUCUGUGUUACCAUAACCUACAAAUUAAAAAAUUUUGUUUUGUAAAUUAGGAAUUUCGUAACUUUCUACGGACACGAAUUGUAUUUCUUGGUUAAUAUUAUGAACAAUUAUCAUACUAAAAAUAUUACCUACAAAUUUUACAAUACAAGUUUUGUUUUCAUAAAUUUUUAAUAUUACAGCUUCAUAA